UGGAUACAAAUUUAACGUGACUCAAGUUGAAAAAUGCCCAAUGAGUAAAGAGGAAUGGGACGCUGCGUGGACCAGACUGAAAUGUAACGAAACACAUGGAUACCACUGUGUUCCAGACAAAAACAUGACAUCCCUGAUAGAGUUCUGCUACAUACGUGGAAGCAAACUUCCAUUUGAGAAAGGGAAUUGUCUUGAAUUGGCGGCGGAUGGCAUACUUAACCAUUAUCCCUGUGAGAAUUCAUUUCCCUGUGGAUGCCCAGAUAGAUUCUUCUUCAGUAAUGAAAUAUAUAAAUAUCCUAAAUGUCUACAAAUCAAUCAAGAACUUGGUUGUUUCCAUGCUGAUAUUCAAUGCUUUAUUUGGUGUACACAGGAAUCAAUGAACAAUGGACAGGAGAAAGAAGAGGAAAUAAUCAAGAGAACAAAUAAGAUGGACUGGAAUACCCUCCAAUAUGCAGCCAAGUCUGGAAACACAGAAAUUUUACAGUUCUUGGACGAGAGACAUGUUCUUGUACAUAAUGUAAACGAAGAUCUGAAAUCUGCCUAA